AUGUCGGGUUGUAUCAAAAAAAAAACCUGUGAGGUGAGAGAGGUAGUUGAGCUGCUGCAUGAUUAUGGUCAUUCGAGCAUGGCGUCCUGGGGGUGCGAUGGUUUUUAUUCGCUGCAGUACAGACUGUUGCAGCGAAGGCGAAAGGGGCACUCUGCCGAGUUAGCGGUUUUGCUCCAAGGUCUUGCUGGCUUUACGCUGGUACGCUUACACCUCGUAGCGGCUCCCAUGGGUUUUCUGCGCAGGCGUCACCGUCCGCCCGCAGUCGUCUCUUCCUGCAACGAUGCGCACGCAUUUGAUAUGGCUGUACUUUAA